CAGCAAGCCGCAUAUUCAAGCGCGCGAGGGGCACAGGCGUCGCACCCAAAUGCAGGUCUUGCUAUACAGACACAACCAGUCAGCGCUUUUCACAUUCGUUACAUCCUUUUGACUUUACACUGACGUCGUCCCACAGGUAGCUUAUUCCCAACCACAAUACUCUCCACCCGACUCCGGCCCGCAAUCCUCUGGCCAGGACAGCUCGAGGCCAACUUUGAGCUCCAAUCGCAGCUUCUCGCAGCCUGGUGCUGACGACACGUCAAUGUCCUCGUCUAACAAUGGCAGCUUACCAGCGCCACGGCCCGUAAAGACCGGUGCGAGCAAUAGGCAGAGCGUGCACAACGGACUUGGGGCGCGCGACGGAUCAAGUCAGCAACAAGGCGUGCCGGCAUUCAAUGCAUCGGUGGUACCUUCCGCUGGCCAAGGGCAGGGAUACAAGAACGGCGCAAGUCAGCAACAGGGUGACGUCGGCAGAGUGACACCACAACCUGCUCAGCUCGGUGAAGAUAUGACCGAGGAGGACAUCAACCAGUUGAUAAAAGAUCACAAAGAGCUUCGCGAAAAGUACACCAAAGUGAAGAAGUACUACUUCGAGAAAGAAGACCAAGUGAAGCAACUACAGAACAGUCUCGCACAUCAACGAUUGUCACAGUCAAGAACAUCGCUUGACGACAGCGAAUAUACUACCCGCUUCAACCGGCUCGACGGCCUCACUGCGCAAUUAGCAUUCAGCAUCAGGAAAAGCUGGAGGUCUGUGCCCGAAUGGCUAUUCAAGUCAGUCAAUCGCGAUGCUGUCGCAACAGGGAAACAGGAGAUGACGGCGGUCGGACGUGCGUUUAUCUCCCGAUGGCUUGUGGAAGAGGCUUUCGACAAAUACUUCCACCCUGAUCUUGAGCCCACGCUAUCAGCCCAGCUCAAGGCGAUCCAACACAACAUUCGGAAGUUCGCGCCUACGGCACAGAGCGUGGAAGAAGAAGAAUUCCUGACAUCGAAGGUUGUGAAUUGGCGACUAGCAACCUUGGAAGGCCUACAAGACGCGUUGCGAUCGCCGCAGUGUCCCACGAACCGGGCGCAGCUCACGGACUUGAUGAAAGGCGAGCUGAUUUCAGCACUAGCCGUGCACCUGCAGGACCCACCCCCUUCUGACUUGGAGGGCGGUGUACACAUGAUUAUCGAGCUUGUCGUUAGCAUUGCGAUUCACCUCCCACUGGAGAGUCGAGAUGUUGUGAUCGAGUACUUCAAGCCGAACUACAGCAUUAUGAACGAGCAGAUGAAGAUGGAAUCUGGCAUUCCGCCGCUCAACGUGUCAAUACACGACGAACAGACGGAGCGUGCUUCUUUGAAGAGCGCAGGCAGCGACAUCACAGACAUGACGGAAAACAGAACGGGCAAGACGAAGAGCACGGCUGCACAAGGCAAGCAUGCUGGUGCGGGUGGUAGCUCCAGCAGCCUCAACCGGCCAGAGAGCUCACACGGCAUGAAGGACGAUGUGCCGCCAAGGGUCAGGAUGGCCGCGGGCAUCGGCGUCUCCAUCAGAGGCCGAUCGGUGUUGGUCAAGGCGCCAGUUUUCAGCACGUGAGAUGCCUGGGUGAGCACAGAUUAUGGCCUUCUCUGUACAGCACCGACGACGGCAACUGGGUGGUGACGAUGGCAUGCGAUCAAUGUCACGCUUCAUUUGCACUUUGCAUUCCCAUUCUGCUACGGCAUGCUACGACCUCGAUGGAGGCGUACACUUUGCGGA